CUGAUGCAUGCACCCCACCCUCAGUUUCCCUUUAUAUAGUUCCUUUAGCGCUUACUUGAGGCGGACUGGGAAGAUUUCUGAAGAGCAAAUCGGCUUGGAUCCCAGCUUUUCAGACCAGCAGAGAAGCAGAUCGCAGUCAUGAGUGAAGUUAACAGAAAUUCUCUGGAGAAAAUCCUUCCACAGCUAAAAUGCCAUUUCACGUGGAACCUAUUUAAGGAAGAAAGUGUCUCACAGGAUCUAGAAGAUAGAGUGUGUAAACAGAUUGAAUUUUUAAACACUGAGUUCAGAGCUACAAUGUACAACUUGUUGGCCUACAUAAAACACCAGAAAGGCCAAAACGAGGCAGCCCUGGAAUGCUUACGGCAAGCUGAGGAGUUAAUCCAGCGAGAGCACACUGACCAAGCAGAAAUCCGAAGUCUGGUCACUUGGGGAAACUAUGCCUGGGUCUACUAUCACAUGGGCAGACUCUCAGAAGCCCAGAUUUAUGUAGACAAGGUGAAACAAGUGUGCGAGAAGUUUUCAAAUCCUUACAGUAUUGAGUGUCCUGAGCUUGACUGUGAGGAAGGGUGGACACUGCUAAAGUGUGGAGGAAAGCAAAAUGAAAGGGCAAAGGUGUAUUUUGAGAAGGCUUUGGAAGAGAAACCCAACAACCCGGAAUUCACCUCUGGACUGGCCAUCGCGACGUACUGUCUGGACGAAAAACCACAGAAGCAGUUCUCUGCCGAGGUUCUGAAGCAGGCCAUUGAGCUGUGUCCUGACAAUCAGUACGUCAAAGUUCUCUUUGCCCUGAAAUUGCAGAAGGUGAACAAAGAAGCUGAAGCGGAGCUGUUGGUUGAAGAGGCCCUAGAGAAAGCUCCUCGCCAAACAGAGGUCCUUCGCGAGGCAGCCAAAUUUUAUCAAAAAAAAGGUGAUCUAGACAAAGCUAUUGAAUUGUUUCGAAAGGCGUCGGAAUUCCUACCAAACAAUGGCUACCUCUAUCACCAGAUUGGGUGCUGCUAUCGGGCAAAAAUCAAACAAAUUCAGAAUACAGGAGAAUCUGAAGCUAGUGAAAAUAGAGAAAAGAUUAAAGAACUAAAGAAACAAGCUAUAGACUAUUUUAUUAAAACUAUUGAGAAGAGACCAAACUCUCUGUAUGCAUACUGUGAUCUCACUGAGCUCCUGGAAGCAGACGAACGUUAUCAGAUACCAUUCAGUAAGGAGCUCCCUGACACUGAGAGGCAACAACACCGUCAGCAACUACAGAACGUAGCUGAAAAUCAGCUUCCACAAAAUGCGCCAAAUUAUUGGUUUUGCCAAGGAUUAAUUCACAAGCUGAAUGGAGAUCUGCUGCCGGCAGCCGAAUGUUAUGAGAAGGAACUGGGCCGCCUACUAAGGAACAGCCCUUCCGGCAUAGGCAGAUUUUUCCUGCCAGCAUCUGAGCUUGAAGAAAACAGUGAGGAAAUGGGCCAGGGAGCCGACAUCUCCAUUCUAGGAGAGCUCCCUGACCCCUGAGCUGAAACAGAGAGGAGGGAAAGGAACAGAGAGUCAGGGAGCCUGGAAUGGUGGCCAUGAUGAGGAGAGGGGUGGGAAGGCAGGGGCUCCCCAAUCUGAGCUUGCUGAGCAAGGCGGCCUUUCUUAUUGCUUUAAGGUACACUUUUAGAGAGCUGUUUUCUCAUGUUUGUCCACCCUGUCCAUACCAGCCACACAUAUUUCUCUAGUCUGCAAAUCUUAAAACUACUUAUUAGUAGAAACAGUGCUUCAGUUCUGCGUGAUGCUGAUGAGUUCUCCGUUUGUACUCAGUUCACCAGAUAUGCCCCGCUUCUGUCCUUGUUGCUAGGAGUCAUAAUUGGUGACUGCCUAUGAACACAAUUUCAUCCUUCAUCCCAUUACCAUCUAGCCUUCUGGGCCUCCAGGAAGACUAGCUUUUGACUAACCCUGGAAAAUUCCUUAUGUCUUGCUCUUGGCUUUAGCCAUGUAUUUAUAUGUAUUCUUGAUAGUGAUACUACAAUAAAUAUGUAUUCUUGAUAA